CUGAGCAUGGAAGGGAGCGUGGACUCUGAGAAUUCUCACUAUUUUCCCUCAUGGGAUUGGAAGAACUGUGCAGGGCCUUUGGAGCUCAGCCAGAGCUCAUCCCCUCAGAGCCUCUCUCCUUCCCCUUCCUUUGAAUCUUACUCAUCCUCCCCUUGUCCCCUUGUUAGGGAGAUGCCCUGUGCGAGCACCAACAGCAGCAACACGAGUGACAGUGGCAGCAGCUUAAGAGGAUAUUCCCUGAUGGACUUUCCUUCCGUCUAUCUACCAAGUCCUGGCCAGGGCAAGGUUCAAAAGAGUUCCAAAGUCCGGAUGUCAGUUCAGCGCAGGAGAAAGGCCAGCGAAAGAGAGAAGCUGAGAAUGAGGACCUUGGCUGAAGCACUGCACACUCUGCGCAACUAUCUGCCUCCUAUCUACAGCCAAAGGGGUCAACCUCUCACCAAGAUACAGACGCUGAAAUACACCAUCAAGUACAUCAGUGAACUCACAGACCUGCUGAAUAGUGCCAAGCAAGCAUAG